AUGCUUUUUGAGACUUCUGCUCCAUCAAUUGAAGAUAUUGUGUUGUCACAUGACGGCCUGUCGAUCCAGCUGGCAGUAUUGGGAGGAGAAGCCGUCCUCAGAUUACUCCUCGAGCGUGGAGUACAACUACAGCCAAGUUACGUUGGACAUUCCCGCGCAUUGGCAUGUGCUGCUAUGCUAGCUAAUGUGCCUAUCUUGAAUAUGUCCUUAGAUGCGGGCUUUAGUCUAGAUGUACCGGGCGCACUCGGAUUGCCAUCCAAACUUGAUGAAAUUAGAGGUGGCACACUCCUCGCUCUCGCAGCUCAGGCUAAAGAUCGAGAUGCUGCUCAAGCUGCGGUUAAUCUUUUACUAGAACGUGGGGCACAGCCCAACCAGCCAGUCAGCGCUCGCAAUUACACUCCUUUGGUCUGCACGGUCUCUGGAGAAGCUGGAGAUAAUGUUAGGACUACUAAAUUUUCAUCGAGAAAAUAA